CAGGCAGCAGCUCAUGAACUGAUGAUGACAACGCUUUCAAUCGUAAAAGCGCUUUCAAUCACGCUGAAAAUGACAACGCUUCUCUUGCUCUGCUUCUAGGGUUUUUCUGGUAGCUUCAUCAACAAAUUUUCUAUUGAUCUGUAAUCAGAUUUACUAUUUGCCGAAAUUUGAUCGCGGUAAAUUUUCUGGUUGAACGCGUAGCUUAAAAUUUUCGCAAUGCCCAGGUACUACUGCGACUACUGUGACACAUACCUGACGCAUGAUUCCCCCUCAGUUAGAAAACAACAUAAUGCGGGGUACAAGCACAAGUUUAAGAUUACAUAUGUCCUUACAUAUUAUGACGAGCAGGCGAACGUGAGACUUUACUAUCAACAAUACGAGGCGCAAUUAAAUCAAAGCUUUAUUGAUCAAAAAGUUAAGGAACAUCUAGUAGGAGGGGCAUUUAGGCCUCCAAUGGCUCCUUAUAAUCAGCUGAGGCCUGGUAUGCCGAUUAUACCGUCUCCAUUACCAGUUCCAGGGCAGUUGCUUCCUGGUGCCCCGUCAAUCCCCGGGUUUAGACCUCCUGUAUUUCCAAGACCUAUGCCUGGAGUUCCAGGCUAUGCAGCUGGUCCUCCCAUGCCUCAAAUGCCUCCUCCGGGUUUGACCGGUCAACCAAACGGUCUUCAAAGACCUGUAACAGCUCCUCUUCCUCCUCCUCCUCCAGCAAUGGUUCCUAGUAGUGGUGGAAUCCCGACCAGUGGUGGCCCACCAAUGUAUGUACCACCUGUGACUUUGCCUGCAACUGCAACUGCUGCUGAAGGUUCUAGCUUUAAUACUCAAGCUUCCGAGGCCAAUUGAAUUGUUUUAACUUAUGUCUGUAUUCGUUGAGGAGGGAUUUUGAGUUUAUGUACAAAAAAGAUCUGUGGGAACUCCAAAAAGAUUACUCUUUGUCUGCAAAUAUUGGCAGAUUUCAGUUUGUUCGUUAGAAGGGCCUUCCUCGACUGUUUGUAAUGUUCUUUUUACCCAACUAGUUGGAUUUUACGCUUUACUAAUGAAAUAUUGUUCAGGAUCUGCCCAACGGUUUAUGUUAAAUUCUGAAAUUUUUACUUUGUCGCAAUAUGCUUGUUAAAGAAGGAUUACACAAAAACAGUGGAACAAACAUGAAGAAUGUUUUUCUUUAUUUUUUGUCUACACGAAGCAGUAAUUGCCUACUCUAGUAUUCGUUGUACAAUAAGAUCAACGGCUGCAUUUGCCGACGAAAAUGCCCCAUGAAAGCUUUCUUGAUAGGAGAUAGACUCUAAUUCUACUGCCAUUUUCAACAAAAUGUCUCCCAAAUCGACUCUCUUCUCCAUCAGCGAUUUGUAGAAUGAUUUUGCAGCAACUCGGCUUAUUUCUAUAUUAGUGGGCUCCGGGCAGUACUCAUCGUCCAGCCAUUUUUGAAGGGUUACUCUGAGCCAUUCUGACUCCUGCGUAGGCUCUAGAAGCUUCCAUCCAAUCGCUGGGAACCCAGAGGCCUUGAACUGUACUCUGCUCAUCUUGGCCGCCAUUGCUCUCGCUCGGAAAACUCGAAUAACAAGUUUUUCCGGAAAAUUUGGAAACCCUAACACCAAAGUUCCGAUGGCCGGAUAACUGAAAGCUGCUGGUCGAUAAUUCGACUUUUUUUGUGAGUUUACGCGCACCAAUUGAAUUGAUCAUGGGAUUAAUCGAGGUGGGGCAAUUGAAAAUUAGGGAUCUCAUUUGGACAUUCGGACAAUUUCCCACAAUUUUGAGAUCGGAAAUAAUAUAGGUGGCGGCAAAUUUGGGAGGAAAAAAGUCGGAGGAUUUGUGAAAAUCAGAGCUCAACGGUCUGUGAAGCGAUCGGAUAAGAUAAUCGGGAUUUGGUUGAAUGGGAUUGGGAAGCCAGGCAAACGACAACGUAUAACUUGGAGCACAUAUAUGAUUAUGGCUGCAAUUUUUUCACAAAAUAUUGUCUUGCUGU